AUGUCGGCCGACGAUCAACAGUUCCUGGACGUGCUCUCGUCUCUGCCCAACCAGAUCCGCCGCUACUCGACCGACGUGGCCGACUAUGUUGACAAGACGGUCGACAAAGCCGCCGACAGCGUGCGUGAUAGCCUCGCGUCGGUGGCAUGGCUACCAGACUACAUCAGACCCUCGCCGCCGCGCCCGCCGCCCGUUGCCAUCGUCCCCAUGACGGCGUACGAGAAGCUGCAGGACUGGGUCUCGAGACACAAGAUCCUGACUGGUGUCAUGGUCCUCGGCGUCACCUACGUCACAUACAAGGCCGUCCGCACGAGCAAAUCCAUGCGCAAAUCCAGGCGGGCUAAGCGCGCAAAGAACGGAGGGAGGCUCGAGGUUGUCGUCAUCGCGGGGUCGCCGACCCUGCCCCUGACCAAAUCUCUGUCGUUGGACAUGGAGAGGAAAGGCUUCAUCGUCUACGUCGUCUGUGGAUCGCUCGAGGAGGAGGUCAUGGUACAGAAUCUGUCGAGGCCCGACAUCCGGCCGCUCGGCAUCGACAUCACCGACCCUCCGAGUGCCGGCUCGUCGAUCGAGCGGUUCGCCACCUACCUCCAGACACCGCAUGCCGCAGUCCCCCGGACGAGAGCAAACUACCUAACACUUACAUCCAUUAUCCUGAUCCCCUCACUCAACUAUCAGACAUCCCCGAUCGCCACCAUCCCGCCCUCGUCCUUUGCGGACCUGUUUAAUACGCACCUGCUGCACCCCAUCCUCACCAUCCAGUCAUUCCUACCGCUCCUGACGUCCAGGAUAACGCCUCCGGGCGAGACACCGACAACGCCAAAAGUCCUGGUCUUCACGCCUUCCAUAAUCUCCUCCAUAAACCCGCCCUUCCACGCACCCGAAGCCACGGUCUGCUCCGCGCUGUCUGCCUUCACCGAAGUGCUCACGGGCGAGCUGCGGCCCCUGGCCAUCCCCGUGACGCACAUCCACCUGGGGACGUUCGACUUUGCGGGCUUUGUCCCCACCCGCCACUCCAACCUGUUGCCUGCCGCCGAGACCACGGCCUGGCCGGAAUCAGCACGGCACGUGUACGGCAAGAACUACGUAGCGCAGUCCUCUUCUGCCAUCUCGGCAGGCCGCAUCCGUGGCCUGCGAGGCAGCUCCCUCCGCGAGCUCCACAACGCCGUGUUCGACGUGAUCGAUGGAUCCGACCAGAGCGGCGUCGUGCGCAUAGGCCUCGGCGCGGGCUUGUACGGCUUCGUGGGGCGCUGGGUACCGAGGGGCCUGGUGUCCUGGAUGAUGGGCAUCAGGAACGUCGAAGAGCUCAGCACGUGGACCGAGGGCUCGUCCACAAGUAGCGGCAGCGACGGCGGCAGCAGCGAGAACGGAGAGGCCAGCGAGUUUAUUGCCAUUGGCAGGGACGCCGAUGGAGGGGCUAACGUGUGGAAGGAGGAUUAG